CCGGAGAGGUCAGGCAAAAAGUUUAUAAAAUGUUCGCGGUUCACUCCGUACUUUUGUUGCUGCUCGGUGUGGUGGCUUCCACCCAGGGAGCCAAUAUUCUGGGGCUCUUCAGCAGCCACAGCCAAUCGCAUCUGAUCAUCCACAUGUCGGUGGCCAAGGCCCUGGUCGAAGCUGGACACAAUGUGACGGUGGUAUCGAUGCUGAAGCCCAAGGUGACGCACAAGGACAUCCACCUGAUUGUGAUCCCGAUGAAGGAUGAACAGGAGCUCAUUAUGGAGAACCAAAUGACUGAAAUGGCCGGCCAGAAGAAUUCUCUCGUGAGCACCAUGAUUCGACUUCUAACUGGCAUGGAAGUGAUGAUCAAUGCUCAGGCUGAACUGCUCUCCGAUCCGAGGUUCCAGCGAAUUUAUGAGACCAAAUUUGAUCUGAUGAUAUUGGGUUACUUUAUCAACGACUUCCAAUUGGGAGUUGCCCAUAAGCUAAAGGUUCCCGUAAUCAUUGACUGGAUGUCAGCCCCUGUUCCAAUAAUUGACAUGUUUACUGGUAAUCCCACAGAGGUAUCAUAUGUGCCCUUGCUAGGCACUGUUGGAACACAUCCAUUGAGUUUCUUUAAGAGAGCGGAAAACUUUGCUAAAUUCCUGUUUUUCGAGUAUAUUAUGGUUGUCUUUGAUUUCAAAAUAAACCGCAUAUAUAAUGAAGUCUUCCCGGAGAAAGAUCAACCAACUCUCAAAGAGCUGAGAAAGAAUAUCUCGAUAGCCUUCGUCGGAUCCCGUUUGAUUGCUGAGGGUCCCAUUCGACCACUGGUACCUGCCAUCAUUGAAAUCGGAGGAAUUCAGGUGAAGGAUAAGCCGGAUCCGCUGCCCAAGGAUAUCGAUCAGUUCUUAAACAAGUCCACCCAAGGAGCUGUCUUUCUAUCCCUUGGUUCCAACAUCAAAAGCUCAACGGUGAAGCCGGAAAUUGUGCAGACCAUCUUUAAGGUCCUGUCGGGACUGAAAGAGAACGUUAUCUGGAAAUGGGAGGACUUGGAGAACACACCCGGCAACGCAUCCAAUAUACUUUAUAAGAACUGGCUGCCCCAAGAUGAUAUCCUGGCCCAUCCGAACACCAAACUCUUUAUCACACAUGCCGGAAAGGGUGGCAUCACUGAAGCCCAGUACCAUGGAGUACCCAUGGUGGCCUUGCCUAUUUUUGGGGAUCAACCCGGAAAUGCCGCAGUCAUGGAAAAAUCGGGAUAUGGCCUGGCUCUCGAUCUGCUGACCAUUACCGAGGAUACGCUGAGGGAGGCCCUUAAGGAAGUUUUGGAGAACAAGAAGUACAGCCAAGCUAUUGGAAAGUUCUCCGCCUUAUACAGAGAUCGACCCCUCUCUGCAAAACAAUCGGUGGUUUACUGGGCGGAGUAUGUCCUAAGACAUCAUGGUGCCCCCCACCUGCAGAGUCCUUCGGUGCAUAUGAAUUUCAUUGAGCUCCACAAUCUUGAUAUUUACCUUCUAAUUGCAACAAUCCUGGUCUUGUUUGUACUCCUAACUCGUCUGGUUGCGAAAUUUGUAUGGAACAAAAUACGGGGCAAAGCAAAGAUCUCACAGUCAAGAAAGAAGCAAUAAAAUAAAUUAAAUAAUAAGAACUGUUUAUGUAUUAUUUAUAGAAAGUUAAAUAUUUUAAUAAAAAAACAAAAUAAUUUUAAA